AUGUGUGACGGCGCCCUGCUGCCUCCUCUCGUCCUGCCCUUGCUGCUGCUGCUGGUUUGGGGAUUGGACCCGGGCACAGCUGUCGGCGACGCGGCGGCCGACGUGGAGGUGGUGCUGCCGCGGCGGGUGCGCCCCGACGACGUGCACCUGCCGCCGCUGCCCGGCGCCCCCGGGCCCCGAAAGCGCCGGCGCCCCCGCGCGCCCCCAGCUGCCCCGCGAGUCCGACCCGGCGAGCGCGCCCUGCUGCUGCACCUGCCGGCCUUCGGGCGCGACCUGUACCUGCAGCUUCGCCACGACCUGCGUUUCCUGUCCCGGGGCUUCGAGGUGGAGGAGGCCGGCGCGGCGGGGCGCCGCGGACGCCCCGCCGAGCUGUGCUUCUACUCGGGCCGCGUACUCGGCCACCCCGGUUCCCUCGUCUCGCUCAGCGCCUGCGGCGCCGGCGGCGGCCUGGUUGGCCUCAUCCAGCUCGGGCAGGAGCAGGUGCUAAUCCAGCCACUCAACAAUUCCCAGGGCCCACACGGCGGACGAGAACACCUGGUCAGGCGCAAAUGGUCCUCGACACCCAGCCCCUCCACCGAGGCCCAGAUCCCUGGGCGGCUCUGCCAGGUUCUAACAGAAAAGAAGAAGCCAAGGAAGGACAGGCCAUCCCAGGACUGGCGGGAGCGGAGGAACGCCAUCCAGCUCACCAACGAGCACACAGUGGAGACCCUGGUGGUGGCCGAUGCCGACAUGGUGCGGUACCACGGGGCAGAGGCCGCCCAGAGGUUCAUCCUCACAGUCAUGAACAUGGUGUACAAUAUGUUUCAGCACCAGAGCCUUGGAAGUAAAGUGAACAUUCAAGUUACCAAGCUUGUCCUGCUACGACAACGGCCUGCCAAAUUGUCCAUCGGGCACCAUGGUGAGCGGUCCCUGGAGAGCUUCUGUCACUGGCAGAAUGAGGAAUAUGGAGGAGCCCGAUACCUCGGCAACAAUCAGGUUCCAGGAGGAAAGGAUGAUACGCCCCCUGUGGAUGCCGCUGUGUUUGUGACCAGGACAGAUUUCUGCGUACACAAAGACGAACCGUGUGACACUGUUGGAAUUGCUUACUUAGGAGGUGUGUGCAGUGCUAAGAGGAAAUGUGUGCUUGCCGAAGACAAUGGUCUCAAUUUGGCCUUUACCAUCGCUCAUGAGCUGGGCCACAACCUGGGGAUGAACCAUGAUGAUGACCACUCGUCCUGCGCAGGCAGAUCCCACAUCAUGUCAGGAGAGUGGGUGAAAGGUCGGAACCCCAGUGACCUCUCUUGGUCAUCCUGCAGCCGAGAUGACCUGGAAAACUUCCUCAAGUCAAAAGUCAGCACGUGUUUGCUGGUUACAGACCCCAGGAGCCAGCAUGCGGUGCGUCUCCCUCACAAGCUGCCAGGCAUGCACUACAGCGCCGACGAGCAGUGCCAGAUCCUGUUCGGCACUAAUGCCACCUUCUGCAGAAACAUGGAGCAUCUGAUGUGCGCUGGACUGUGGUGCCUGGUGGAAGGAGAUACGUCCUGCAAGACCAAGCUGGACCCUCCCCUGGACGGCACUGAGUGUGGGGCAGACAAGUGGUGCCGCGCAGGGGAGUGUGUGAGCAAGACGCCCAUCCCGGAGCACGUGGACGGAGACUGGAGCCCCUGGGGCACGUGGAGCAUGUGCAGCCGGACGUGUGGGACGGGAGCCCGCUUCCGGCAGAGGAAAUGUGACAACCCCCCCCCAGGGCCUGGGGGCACGCACUGCCUGGGUGCCAGUGUGGAGCACGCCGUCUGCGAGAACCUGCCCUGCCCCAAGGGCCUGCCCAGCUUCCGGGACCAGCAGUGCCAGACGCAUGACCGGCUCAGCAGCAAGAAGAAGGGCCUGCUGACAGCAGUAGUGGUUGAUGAUAAACCAUGUGAACUCUACUGCUCACCCCUUGGGAAGGAGUCCCCGCUGCUGGUGGCCGACAGGGUCCUGGAUGGCACACCCUGCGGGCCCUAUGAGACCGACCUCUGUGUGCACGGCAAGUGCCAGAAAAUCGGCUGCGACGGCAUCAUCGGGUCCGCGGCCAAGGAAGACCGGUGCGGGGUCUGCAGCGGCGACGGCAAGACCUGCCGCGUGGUGAAGGGUGACUUCAGCCACACUCGGGGCACAGGUUAUAUUGAAGCUGUGGUCAUUCCCGCUGGAGCUCGGAGGAUUCGUGUGGUGGAGGAUAAACCUGCCCACAGUUUUCUGGCUCUGAAAGAUACCAGUAAGAGAUCCAUCAACAACGACUGGAAGAUAGAGCUCCCCGGGGAGUACCAGAUCGCAGGCACCACCGUCCGCUAUGUUAGAAGGGGCCUGUGGGAGAAGAUUUCUGCCAAGGGACCAACCAAAAUACCACUCCAUCUGAUGGUGCUGUUAUUUCACGACCAAAAUUAUGGAAUCCAUUACGAGUACACCGUUCCAGUGAACUACACUGCCGAAAAUCAGAGUGAGCCAGAAAAACCCCAGGACUCUUUGUUCAUCUGGACCCACAGUGGCUGGGAAGGGUGCAGCGUGCAGUGCGGAGGAGGGGAACGCAAAACCAUUGUGUCCUGCACACGGAUUGUUAACAAGACCACAACUCUGGUGAAUGACAGUGACUGUCCUCAAGCAAGCCGUCCAGAGCCCCAGGUCCGAAGGUGCAACUCACACCCGUGCCAAUCGCGGUGGGUGGCAGGCCCGUGGAGCCCCUGCUCAGCCACCUGUGAGAAGGGCAUCCAGCAUCGGGAGGUGACCUGCGUGUACCAGCUGCAGAACGGCACAGAUGUCACCACACGACCCCUCUAUUGCCCGGGACCCCGGCCAGCACCAGUUCAGAGCUGUGAAGGCCAGGACUGCCUGUCCAUCUGGGAGGCAUCUGAGUGGUCACAGUGCUCUGCCACCUGCGGUAAAGGGACCCAAAAGCGAACCGUGACGUGCACCAACUCGCAAGGAAAAUGCGACGCGUCCACAAGGCCGAAAGCAGAGGAGGUGUGCGAGGACUACUCCGGUUGCUACGAGUGGAAAACCGGGGACUGGUCCAAGUGCUCCUCCACCUGUGGGAAGGGUCUACAGUCUCGCGUGGUACAGUGCAUGCACAAGGUCACCGGCCGCCAUGGCAACGAGUGCCCCGCCCUCUCGAAGCCAGCAGCCUACAGGCAGUGCCACCAGGAGGUCUGCAAUGACAAGAUCAACGUGAACACCAUCACCUCCCCUCGCCUCGCUGCUCUGACCUACAAAUGUACGCGGGACCAGUGGACAGUGUAUUGCCGGGUCAUCCGAGAAAAGAACCUCUGUCAGGACAUGCGGUGGUACCAACGCUGCUGCCAGACGUGCAGGGACUUCUAUGCGAACAAGAUGCGUCAGCCACCGCCACCACCACCAAGCUCAUGACACGUGGCCCCAGGGUCCCUCAACGCUCCAGCGCGUGGUCCAAAUCCUGAUGACAUGGCUAGUUGAAAGCCUACCCACCCGAGGGCGCACCAGUCCUGCGACUGGGACCCCCUCCCCCCAGUGCACACUGCCACUCCCCCACCAGGCUGUCCCGAGAAUCCAAUCGCAUAGAACUUGAGCGUGGACUUGACGUUUGCUGUUAGUGCUUUUGUACUUAAUAUAUUGUUAAUGGCCACUGGAUGGCUUUCUCUGGUAAGGAAAAAAAUAGGUAUGAGUCACAAAAUUAUUGUAAUUUGUAAGGUUCUGUGUACCUCAAAGGGAACACCUCUGAUAGACAAUUGUCAAAAGAAAGAGACAUCAUUGAGCGCUUCUGUCCAGCUUUCUUUUGACGUUUGAAUUCCGGGUGCUUGAUAUGCCACGGGGGGUGCUAUCUCCCUAAUGAGACAUUCCACAUUAAAACAGGCUUUAUUCUGAAAGCCGGUGACACCCCGGAAGGAAGGACAGAUGUCAGCGAGCCUCUGCUAAUGCCUUCCCCUGAGAGGGCCAGGCCGCCAGAGAGCCCUUUUGACAACCCAAGAGUCACCACUUGGCCUCUCGGCUCAUCUCUGAAAACGCAUUCUCUAGAUCCUGGGCCUUGUCUUCGAAGUCUUGUCCCUGACAGGCUGAAUCUGUAUCUGCCAAAGACAGCAGGGCUACAUAGUUUUUCAUAAAAGCCUGUGUUGGGGAGAAUAUUCUGGAAGUGUUUGGGUUUGGGGAGGCAUCUAAUUUGUAUACUCUGCUGUCCACCAUGUAGUGAAAUGGAAAAGCCUUUCUUCAAGGUGCUAUGAAAUGGGACAUAUGUUCGUUUGGGCGAUGGGACUGUUUCCUGGCAUAAAGGUGAGCUCAGGACAGCUUUGUCAGGGGUGUACGGCCCCUCCGCCUUCUGGGGGUCUCCACUCUUGUCAGUACUUCGUAAAGCUUUGCACCUUAGAGAUGGCUUCCCAUUGACCUUGGCCAUCUAUCUGAAGUUUAUUCUUUUUAGAAGCCCUGGCUACUUCGCCCUGGCGUGGGCCUGAUUUCCUCCAGAAGCCUUUCAGCCAGGGGGACCGAGAUCACUGCACAAGCACCAAGCCUUCCCAUAGCCCAGAUGGGAUCCAUUAUUGUCAUAUUGUUGGUGUUGUCCUGUCCUCUUAGUAAGGCAAGCAUGACCCUCAGAAAAGCCUGAAGAAGGUCUUUCCCUUCUGCAACCCCUCAAAAUAGAGCUGUGCCCUCUCUAGAAGUCUGGGGAAAUGACAAGGACACAGAAGGCGGUAGGACCCUGUGUGCUUUGGGAGCUGGGAGAGAAAGACCCUAGAUGCCAGGAGACCUGUUUUUGCUCACCAGCUUGGUGGGUGUUUGAUGGGUGCUUAUGUUUAAGGACUUUACCAUGAUAAACCCACCUUCUCCCUUAUUGCAGACAGGGGAAUCUCACUGAUGCCAGUGUCCCAGGGAUCAUCUCCAAGUUCUUCCUGAUUUAUUGGUGCUGUGUUUAUGUAUCUGCUUUGGUUUUUGAUGAUGUCACAACUUUAGGGUUCGUUAGCUUAAGUCAGAAAGAAAACAAAAAGAAAAUCUCUCUGCCUUCUCCAUCCCGUCUUACAGGCUGUUUCAAUCGGUGAUUUCUAAUAUUCCAGAGAUAGAGACAUGGUAGGGAUGACAAGAAAUGUGUGUGGUUCCUCUUGAAACAACAAGAAGCACUGAGAAGCCUGCUUGGGUGCUCUGAUGGAGAGAGUGCCAGGCUGGAGCGACCCACCCUGCAGUGUAACCAGCCCUAGUGGUUCAGCACAGCCUGUGUAAAAUGCUGUCCUCCCCCAGCUCGGGCUUGGCCACUGAGAGACUUCCUCAGACCCUGUUUCCACAAAACUCUCAAAUUCCUGGGGAGCUAGGGUUCUAUUUUCCCCCAGCCCCAAAACGGGCUGUGCUUCGUCAUGUAGUGUCAGAAAGAUAGCAGCCUCAGGGGCUGAGAAGCAGAGCCAGGGCCGCCAGCUAAGGAACCCAUGGGCCCGCCCAAGCUGGGCAUGUACGUGCCGCUAGGCUAGCACUUUCCCCAGUGCCUCUGAAUAUUCCCCCACUCCACCCCACCCCCACUGACUACCUUGACUGUAUCAACUGGAUGCAUCUGGCAAGGGCCCCACCCUCUCAAAAUGCAAAUAAUUGAUUUGGUUAUUAUUGAACACCCCACUGAUUCCCCCAGAGUCCACGUCUCUCUGACCUCUUUAGCUCAUGCUGGCACUGCUGCUCUGAAAUUCACCAGCCCGCCUUCCAUUCAUGGCACAAGCAAAGAUUGAUUUUGGCAACGCCAUCAUGGCAUUCUUGUUCCACUUUGUACAGAUGAUACUGAAACCCUGUGAUCACAACAAUGAUGUUUCUUUAUUAACAAUACCCUGUACUGUCAUUCAAGUACUGUACCUUUUUGAUUGCACAAAUGUGUUACUAACUACAGAGUCUUACAACCUUAUGGUGCUACUUUUGUGGGUGCAAACGAAACCCCCUCACUUGACCAUGGCUUGACAUUAUCAGAACACAGGGAAAGACCCUUAGCAGCAAUAAUCUCAUUGCUUUGUUCUCGUUUCUCCAUUUCAGAGUCAAAUGUAUAUAUUUUCCAUUAGUUAACUUACAUUACGUACUGUACCCGUGGUAUUUUUGUUUUACUUUUUGGUGCUGGUUUUGAAAGAAGAAAAAAGAACAGAAGACAAACAUUGGACACCACUGUAAAUGAAGAAUUAAUCAUUUCAUUGGAAGUGAGUUGAACAUGUU